UUCUCUUGGUUGCUAUAGUAUUUAACACAACGUUGUGUGGAUCUGUCAGUACAGCUUUCACUUCUCUGUCAAGAUGAUGUCUCUACGCGAUCCAUACCCUUUCCCAAAGCUGCAAACUGAUGAAAAUUUCGCCGGACCUCGACAAACCAUGAAAGAACCAUAUGGUUUUCCAACACAUUUGGCCCAGAAGCAGGACCCUUGGAACCGUCUAAACACGAAGCACACCCUCAGCAGCACGAGGCGGGAGGUUCAACACUAUGACCCCGUGGCACCCCAGGACAGCCUGGACUUUGUCUUGAAGUCAGAAUAUAACCAUCAUGGAGAGUUCCUCAAGGAUAAGAACGAAACUCUUCUCCAGCCUGAGACCCUUGGCAGGGAACACGGGAGAGUGUUGAAGAACCGGACAGUUGUAGUGAUACCUGAAGCACCCACAAUGGACCAUCCAAUCAGCAUCUCGGAACAGACGAAGAGAGAGAGCAUCCACUGUAUCAAGAAUGCAAUUGAGAGCCACCAUACACAGACAACAAACAAAGGCUAUUCUAGAAAACCUGAUGGAGGAUUUUUUUGCUCUUGAUUUCCUUUCUGUCUAGAAACUCACAAUCCUCUGUCUGACUGCUUACGUCUUCUAAAACUGGCCAUGCCCAGUAUGUUGCUGGCAGCACUAACUGAAACUAGCAAAUUUGUACCAGAAAUAUCCCACACAUCAUUUAUGCAUAUACUGCUAAAAAAAGUGAAGAACACCUGAUUUUUAUGUACGACUUAGUUAACCUGUCAUGAAGGGCAGUAGGGCAGCUUGCUGACCGUCACAGCCAAAGACCCUGUGGUUGAUUCCCCACAUGGGCACAAUGUGUGAUGCCCAUGUCUGGUGUCCCCCGCCAAGAUAUUGCUGAAAUGUUGCUAAAAGUGGCAUAAAACUAAACUCACUCACUCACUAAUCUGCAAUGCCAUGACAGAAAUAACUAUCAUGCUAUGGAAAUAUCAGGUGUCUUUAAAAUUCUUGAGUAGUAUAUCUGAAACCAGCAUUUUCACCUUCAUGAUGAAAUCAACAAGAUGCACAACUAAUUUUCGAUCAUCUACAAAAAGGUUCUCAGUAAAUCCUUUAUUAAAGAAACUUUGUGAAAUAUGAUAUUACUGAAUAUGCUUCAAGGUUACCUCACCAGCACAGGGUAUGCUGUUUAUUAAACACACUGUUUAAAACAAGCAGCCUAGUUUAACGAACAUCCAUGGCUUUGAUAACCUCUUGCAUUUAACCUCCUUCAUCUUUCAGUUUCUUAUCUGUUCAUAGUACUAACUGCUGUAGACAACUUACAUGGACAUUCAAGGACUUAUUUCCGAUGCGAACUACGUCCUUAUUGUCCUUUUGAGCUAGAUGCUGCUAGUCAGUAGAACUAGUUUUAACUGUGUGCCUUCUUACAAACCUUUUUCACAUGAGUGAAAAACUAGUUGAAUGUUGCAAAAAUGUACCGAUUUUGAUUUAAAAUUUUGAAAACAUACUCAAAAUGUUUCAUUAUUAAUAUGGAUUUGAUAAAUCUAAAAUGCAGGCAAUUCUCUGUUUGUUUGGAGUAAUGUUAUUCUUAUUAUUAAUAUUCUUUACAUUUGUUGCAUUGAGUGACUUCCUUCCUUUAUCUUUCUUCAUCCAAGCAUCUCACCCGACAACCUCAGCUACAAGUUGAUGAAGUGUAGUGGGAUCCAUCAUGAAAACCCUUUGUCAUAUUACUCGUUAGUCCAACAAAAUCCUAUCGAUGAAAUUUGGUCGAAAUAAAUAGAAUGAAAAUUUCAGUGAAUUUAAAACAAGGAGUGAAAUUUGCUGACAUUUUUAAAACCAAAAACAAUUUUUGUUUAAUCAAGGUUGUUGAUAUAAGUUGGACAUUCUUGAUUAACUGCUCAAUCAAUGAUUUGAAUCUAGAACCAAAUUCUUAAUAAAAGAAUUGUAAAAAUCGAUUUUGAUUUCUGAGAUCUUUCUAAAAUAUUUAAGAAAAAUAUAACAUUUCUCAGCUUUCUUGACACUUCAAUAUCAGGAAGUAGCAAAUUGAAAGUUAAUAUUGAGUUUGAAAAUUUAACAAAUUUAAUUAAGGAAAAUUUAAUAAAUAUAUUUAAUCCCACAAAAACACAAACUGUAGUCCGGUUGUCAGGUGCAUGCUUGAUGAAGGCAGGUCUCUCACCUCUUCACUUACUAAUCCCACCGUACUUAUCUCCCCUGUUGCUGUAGAGAGCCCCCACAGCGCUGGCACCAAUGGCGGCUAUUCCAGGAAACACGACGGUGGAUUCUACAGUACAUAACUUGUAGCAGUCCACAUUCGCCUCCAGCUGAUAACAAGAUCUAUUAAUUUCUAUUAAAAAUAUCAUGUAAAAAAAUUUAACCGUUUCAACAUAUUCAAUGAAGUUUUGUGGGUUUUAGAAACUGCUAACCUGGUAUUUUUAUUUGUAAAUUUAAGUGUGAUUAUUAUAUGAUACUGAAUCCUUGUUAAGAAAAAAAUUAUGUACAUAUGUAUAUUUUAUUUUGUAUUGUCUGGAAGAAUUGCUCUUACAUAUAUUUAUUUUCUGUGAUAUACAUUAUAUAUUGUACCACAUAUUUACAUCAACAAUUGUUUGGUUAUGCAAGCUUUACAUAAUGCUUCUUUUAUAGACUUGAAUAUAUUCCGGACAUACCAGAUCAGUAAUUAAACCUUCAAAUGGGGUUUCCAUACUCAACAGUUUGAAUCUAUUGAUUGCACACUAUCAGAAGUCAUUGCAAAAGCCAUAUUGUAUUUUUUCAGCUUGUUCAGGGUUUGGCAUCCUGAAUAACAUUUAAAAUCUAUUUGUUGGGAUUGUAAAAUGAUCCAAAAUUGAGUCUUAGCAACACAAUGACAUGAUGUUCAUUAGUGAUAAUGGGAUGUUCUCAAAGAAAAGAUGAAAAGUUAAGGAAUUUGAAAUGUAAGAUUUUUGGUCACCUGAUUCUGAAAAAUUUUUGCAAGGAAAGUCAUGAUUGUGUUCUCAGUUGAAAUAAUGAAAUGAUAAACAGAGUCUGUCAGAAGUCUGUAGACACACAGUGACUUGAAGUAGAAACGUCAUCCUGCAAUAGUUUCCCGAACUUUGCCAAACCCAAUGUGCCACAGCUGACCAACCAGUAUUCCAGCCACAGAGUAUUUUGUUGUCUAGUGUCUAGUAGACAGAAUCGAACAGCUGGGCUGAAUUGGCAUAGAGAGUAUUAUCAAGUACAACCAGUUAUAAGCUACUGAGACAAUAUAGAUCAGUAUUAUCAUUACGAGCCUGUUGUUCUGAAGUCAGUUUGAUCCAGCAAGUGACUACUGGUAUAAGUACUGUUAUAUCAGCUGUGAUACCUCCUCCAUGUUUCUGUACACCAUGAUAUGUGUCCUGAUACCGACUGUGUAAACAGUUUGAAUGCAUUAAACAUUCCAUACAA